AUGUCAAACUUGUAUGUGUAUUUGAGUAUAUCAAUAGUGAAAGGAGAAUCAAAAAUGAGACUAACAAACUCUAGUGACGACUUUCCGGCUCUCUGUGAGGAUUGCUGUGGUCCUGAUAAGCAUAUUAAGAUGAUCAGGCAACCUGGAGGCGAAGAAUGCAAAAUUUGUACACGGCCAUUUACUGUUUACAGGUGGAACCCUUCGAAUGCACGUCAUAAGUCUAGGAAGACAAUAAUAUGUAUGACUUGUGCAAGAACUAGAAACUGUUGUCAAUCUUGCAUGCUUGAUAUCCAUUUUAGAAUUCCCUUAGAGAUAAGAGACACGGCAUUGAAAUUAGCGGGACUUGAUAAAGCAUAUUCAUUCACAAACAAGUCUCUUAAUAGUUCUAAUAGGGAAGUAAAAGCGAUAGCAGCCGACAAGGAAGAGUCUAAAUUCAAUGGACGAGAUGAAAAUGGGGAUGUAAAUGAUAUGGAUAAAGCUAAGGAGAUACUUCUGAAACUUGCUGAAAAACUCCACGAUGAUGAUAAAGCCACAAAGAAGAUUACUAAUUCCAGGAAGCAGAAUGAAACAGGAGAUAUCAAGAGCUCUGAUGUCUCUAAGAUACUCGCAAAGCUUCCCUUUGGAGGACUGUUUGUAGUACCUGAGGAUAAAAGUAUUACCUCUUUUUUCAUUUUUGGCUUCGACGAAGAACUUCCCCAGUAUGCUAUAACUAAUUACUGUAUACAAUUUGGAAAGAUAAGAACAAUGACAAUAUUGCAUAGAGCACGGUGUGGGUAUAUCGGCUUCAUAUCUAGGGAUUCUGCGGUAGCCUUCUCCCAAUCUAUCUCGGGAAACGGGUUAAAUGCGAAUAAUAAUACCCCAGGACUUCUUGUCUUGAACAAAAGGUUUCCGAUAAGAGUGAGCUGGGGAAAAGCUAAACCACUAGGUACUACAAAUGAAGAACAUUAUAAGAUUGGACUAGUUGUUAAAAAAGUUAUGAAGCAGUUGGCUGAGAAAGAUAGAAAUUACUUAUUGAAACAGUCUAAACUGCUGGAUUCAGGUGUGCCAAUACAGGCAGAAAAAGCAAAGUCACUGAAAAAAUUAGUUCAAGGGGAUAGCAGCGCACCAAUUGUAGAGGAGCAUCUGUCAAAAUCCAAAUAUAAAAGCUUGCUGGAUGAUUUUGAGCUUUAA